GACGUUUGGCCAUCAGUUUACAAAACACCAAAACAUUUUAGCAUCGCCGGAGUAGUUCUACCCAGAAAAACCUCACGAUGAUCAGCGUACGCGUAAAUAAUUUUAAUGAAAACUUUCUCAACGAAACCGAGGGCGAUUCGAACUCGGUGUUGAUGGAUCUGGACAAGGGUCUGCGGUCGAAUAAAAUCGGUGAUCAGUGUGAAGCAAUCAUCCGGUUUCCGAAGCUGUUCGAGCGGUACCCCUUUCCCAUCCUGAUCAACUCAUCCUUCCUGAAGCUGGCCGAAUUCUUUCGCAUCGGAUCGAACCUGUCCCGGCUGUGGAUUCUGCGUGUUUGUCAGCAGAGCGAAAAACAUCUGGAAAAGAUCAUCAACAUCGACGAGUUCCUAAAGCGCAUCUUUAUGGUGAUCCAUUCGAACGAUCCGGUCGCACGGGCCCUAACGCUCCGUACACUCGGAGCGGUAGCGUUCGUAAUAUCGGAAAAGCAACACGUUCAUCAUGCGAUUCGAAUGGCACUGGACAGUCACGAUACGGUCGAGGUGGAAGCGGCCAUCUUCGCCAGUGUCCAGUUUGCCGCACAGUCGAAAACAUUCGCCGUUGGCAUGUGCUCCAAGGUGGCAUCGAUGAUCGAGAGCUUGCAGACACCGGUCAACAUGAAGCUGCACCUGAUUCCGGUGUUGAGACACAUGCAUCAUGAUGCGAGUACGGCUGCACUGGUACGAGCCCUUUGCCGAGAUUUGUUGCCCAAGUAUCCGUCCGAACAGUUUGUGGUGGAAAUUAUACGCUCGCUGUCGCAGCUGUCUUGUGCCACACUGGUGGACAUACCGGAUCAAGUAGAUUUGUUGCUGGUCUAUCUGCAGGACCCACGAAAGCGGGUGCAAUCGACGGUUUUACUAUCGCUGCAGAAACUCGCCGAAAAAGGAGCUUACUUGUGGCCGAAAACGGCCAUCAGUCGUCUGCUGCAGCUUACCGCCCAGUGCAGCAACCAGAACAUGGCACUGGAUGUUAUACUGACGCUCACCAAAUGUCCCCACACGUGCCACACGAUGCUGAACGAAGAACAGCAGCAGAUACUGGAUGUGUGCAAAAACUGUCUGCUGCUGGAGAACGAAAGUGGUGGCCGUGCAAUGACGAUCCUGACCAGUCUCAUCACGUACUGUCACACGGAAAACAUCCCACCGCCGGUGCACUUGCUGGAGUACCUCGAUAUGCAUCUGGAGUUUCUCAUUCAAGCUUCGUUGCAGAACAAAUCGUCACUGAAAGAUUUUCGGCUCUAUCUAAAGUGUGGCGUGCAGCUGUCCAAGACGAGCCGUGAGUUGGGUGAAAGCUUCGCCGAAAUGAUAGCAGAAAUGCUAAGCGAGGAGCAUUCCACAUCGACCGCGAGCCACUCGAAGCUGAUCUGUGAAGCGCUCGGAGCGAUCUGUUCGAAUGUGAUCGUUUCGUGCGAUUUUUACGAAAAUCAAACACCCGGCACGAGUCCUUUCAGUGCCGUGAUGCAGCACUUGCUGCGGAAGCUGGAAACGCUCGCCAAGAGUGGCGUAGAGCUGGACAAGGAGAAGACGAAUAUCGUGGAACUGUUGGCAGCUAUAUGUAUGCAGGCAAUGCUUGGAUCGUUCAUGCCGGACAAUGUGAUUGCCAUCUUCUUGCAGCUGCUCCAUACGACGAACCCGUGGACGCAGUACCGCAUCGCUCGUUCGGCUUCCCGGUACGGACAGCAUUUUCUUGCCGCGAUGAUCUACGAGAAGCUGUCGAAGAACAUUUCGCUGGAGAAUUUACACUUCUAUCUGGUAGCACUGAGUCAAAUCUCGAAAGCCGAGUGUAUUCUUAACCACGGCCAGGAGUAUGAAACGCUCGCCCAGAAGCACAUUCAGCGGGAACCGGGUGUCCAGCUACCGGCAGCUGCCGGGUCUCUUUCCCUGAUCGAUAGACUCGAGAAAGCGAUCAACCUCUACUGCAUAGCACUGUCCACGCUGAGAGCAAGCUCAUCGCCACAGCACCCGUUAGCGUUCCAGUCGGAAUUGAUCCGAUUGCGUUGCAUGUUUCUAGAGGUGCUGCACAGCGUCGUAAUCACCCGUAACACCCUGUGCAUCACUCCUCCGUCGGAAAUAUCGCAAACUCUCGCCCAAAACUGUCGUGAUCCGCUGCAAAAGUAUGGCCACAUCACAAACCAGCUGCGAAAGCACGUGAAGCUGCUGAAAAACUGCGAGGACGCCUACAGCCGCCUGUACAAGAGCUCGUUCGAUGCGGAUCCCGGAACGCUGGAGCAUCUGGAAGCGGUACAGCACCUGUGCGCCACACUGCAGCUUUCAAUCGAGACGAUUUCCUUCAUCAACCCCUCAGAAACACCUAAAAUAGCGCCCCAAUCGAGUCAUCCAGAGACGCGCUACUUGCUGUCCGUUUGCCGGACCGUUCUUAAGCAUCUUCAACUUAUUCCGGCCGAAGUUCCCGGUGGCACAAAGACGCUCACCCACGAACACACGGACAUGAUGAUGAAGCAGAUCGAAACCGUUGUCCGCUCAUCCCACUGCACUCCGCGAUUCUUCUUUCAGGUGCUGCAAAACACGUCCGUCAAGCUGGCACUCACACCGCAAUCGCGUGCACCCGGCGAACCGGUGUUCGUUCAACCGAACAGUCAUCUGGUGGUGAAGGUGGAAGGUGUCAUCCAGCAUUACGGCCGAACGCCAUCCCUUUUCCGAGCGAUCAACAGCGUUCAGCUGACGCUGAAUUCCACCCUCAUGACAUCGCGCCCGAACGAUGUGAAACUACUGUCGGACAGUGUGACGCUGACGCAAAUCGUAAAGCCGCACAGAGACUUUUUGAGCGGUAGCUUCCUGAUUGCGCUCAACAAUACGGCCCACACUUUCAACGGGGGUUCGGUUAGCUUGGGCGGACAGUGGCAACUGAACCUGGAGACGUGCAUCAUCGACGAUAACGGGGUAAUGUGGCAGACCGGGCCGAAAAGUACGCUGCUCAUUCGCAUCCCGGAGGACAGCCACAAACAGGUGCUGGGAAUGCAAUCCACAGUGAGAAGAUUUUAAAGGGGUGACGUUUUAUAUUUGUAUGAUUGUAAUUUUGUAAUAAACACAGAAUUAUUUUAUAAUGUAUUGCGAGGAGAUAUUAA